UUUCUCCGCCUCCCCCACCCCCCCGCGAGGCCCGUAAAAGCAACAGAGGCGGCAGGGGUGGCGCGAGCCGGCGUGGUGUCCCUCCGCCCGGCCGAGGGCACUCCUUUUCGUGUCCUUCCACCGUUCCCGGGCGGCGUCCGGACGGCUCACCGGGGGCGGCGACGCGUCUGCGGCGCGAGAGGCGAGGCUCCGGGGCUAUGAGGUGAAGGCGCCCGGACACCGGCGGCGGCGCGCGCGGCGCCAGGACCCGGGACGCGGACCCCCGGCGGAGGCGGCCUCUGGGGCGCCGCGGCCGCGCGAGAGGCGAGGAGAGAACGUUGGAAUUAUUCUCUAAGCUAUCUGAAGAGAACGACUCAAUGCACCUGGGUCAGGCGGUCUGUGGGCAUGAAGUGGUUGGGAGAAUCCAAGAACAUGGUGGUGAAUGGCAGGAGGAGUGGAGGCAAGUUGUCUAAUGACCGUCCGCAGAGCCCGGCCAAAUUGCAGCCCGCGGGGAAGGAGGCCGCGAAGGCCGGCAGACACGCGGUUGAGAGGAGGUCGAGCAGAUGUAAUGGUAAUUCGGGGUUCGAAGGCCAGAGUCGAUAUGUGCCGUCUUCUGGAAUGUCUGCCAAGGAGCUCUGUGAGAACGAUGACCUGGCGACCAGUCUGGUUCUUGACCCCUAUCUAGGUUUUCAAACACACAAAAUGAACACCAGCGCCUUUCCUUCGAGGAGCUCAAGGCAUUUUUCAAAAUCUGACAGUUUUCCUCACAACAACCCUGUGAGAUUUCGGCCUAUUAAGGGAAGGCAAGAAGAACUAAAGGAAGUCAUUGAACGUUUUAAGAAAGAUGAACACUUGGAGAAAGCCUUCAAAUGUUUGACUUCGGGCGAAUGGGCACGGCACUAUUUUCUCAACAAGAACAAAAUGCAGGAGAAAUUAUUCAAGGAACAUGUAUUUAUUUACUUGCGAAUGUUUGCAACUGACAGUGGAUUUGAAAUACUGCCCUGUAAUAGAUACUCAUCAGAACAAAAUGGAGCCAAAAUAGUUGCAACAAAAGAGUGGAAACGAAAUGACAAAAUAGAAUUACUGGUGGGUUGUAUUGCCGAACUUUCAGAAAUUGAGGAGAACAUGCUGCUUAGACAUGGAGAAAACGACUUCAGUGUCAUGUAUUCCACAAGGAAAAACUGUGCCCAGCUCUGGCUUGGUCCCGCCGCCUUUAUAAACCACGAUUGCAGACCUAACUGUAAGUUUGUGUCAACUGGUCGAGAUACGGCGUGUGUGAAGGCUCUGAGAGACAUUGAACCUGGAGAAGAGAUUUCUUGUUAUUACGGAGACGGGUUCUUUGGAGAAAAUAACGAGUUCUGCGAGUGUUAUACUUGCGAAAGACGGGGAACCGGUGCUUUUAAAUCCAGAGCGGGACUGCCUGCACCUGCUCCUGUUAUCAAUAGCAAAUACGGACUCAGAGAGACAGAUAAACGCUUAAAUAGGCUUAAAAAGUUAGGUGACAGCAGCAAAAACUCAGACAGUCAAUCUGUCAGCUCUAACACUGAUGCAGAUACCACUCAGGAAAAAAACAAUGCAACUCCUAACCGAAAAUCUUCAGUUGGUGUGAAAAAGAACGGCCAGAGCAGAACGUUAACAAGGCAAUCUAUGUCAAGAAUUCCAGCUUCUUCCAACUCUACCUCAUCUAAGCUAACUCAUGUAAAUAGUUCCAGGGUACCAAAGAAACUGAAAAAGCCUGCAAAGCCUUUACUUUCAAAGAUAAAAUUAAGAAAUCAUUGCAAACGGCUGGAGCAAAAGAGUGCUUCAAGAAAACUCGAGAUGGGAAACUUAGUACUUAAAGAGCCCAAAGUAGUUCUGUAUAAAAACUUACCCAUUAAAAAAGAUAAGGAGCCAGAGGGACCAGUCCAAGCCACAGCAGCUGGCGGGUGCUUAACCAGACAUGCGGCCAGGGAGCACAGAGCGAGCGCGGGGCGAGGCGCCCCGCCGCCCGGGGACAGCGCCCCCGGCACGUACCCCACCCGGCGGUCGGCGAGGACAAGGGCGAAUCCCAGGGAGGCUUCCGACAUCAAACUGGAACCGGACGCGGCGGACGGCUACAAAAGCAGCUUGACCGAACCGGGCCCGGACAGCCAGGAGCAGCCAGCGCCCGCGCCGCGGGAGGAAGAUCUGGGCCCCGGAAGCUCACAGAAGGGGGAGGCCAGGUGUCAAAGGAGCGACAGCGGCGCAUCCAAGAAGAAAUCCCGACAGGGGAAACUUGUGAAACAGUCGGCGAAAGCCGAGGAGUCGGCUCCGGGCCAGGGUUCCCCUGGGGAAGCCAGCGUGGCGCCGGAGGUGCUGGGGUCCCACCCGGAGCAGGGCGAGGGCGGUGGCUCGGAGGCCAUGGCCGGGACCUACCCGGACUGGGCUCCCUCGCCCGGCGACGCUUCCCUUGUGACGUCCGAGAGCUUCAAGACAAAAGACGGCUUCAGAACUGCGAAAAGUAAAAAGAAGAGGCGAAUCACACGGUAUGACGCACAGCUGAUCCUGGAAAAUAACUCCGGGAUUCCCAAAUUGACUCUCCGCAGGCGGCACGACAGCAGCAGCAAGACGAACGACCAAGAGAACGACGGAGUGAAUUCUUCGAAGAUCAGCAUCAAGUUGAGUAAAGACCACGAAAACGACAACAAUCUCUAUGUAGCAAAGCUCAAUAAUGGGUUCAACUCAGGAUCAGGCGGCAGUUCCACAAAACUAAAGAUCCAGCUGAAGCGGGACGAGGAAGGCAGGGGGCCGUACGCGGAGGGGCUCCGCGAGAACGGGGUGUGCUGCAGCGACCCGCUGUCCCUGCUCGAGUCCCGCAUGGAGGUGGACGACUACAGUCAGUACGACGAGGAGAGCACGGACGAGCCCUCCUCCUCGGAGGGCGAAGAGGAGGACGAGGACUACGAGGAGGACGACUUCAUUCCCCUCCCUCCCGCCAAGCGCCUGCGGCUCAUCGUCGGGAAGGACUCCAUAGACAUUGACAUUUCCUCCCGGAGGAGAGAAGAUCAGUCUUUGAGGCUCAACGCGUAAGCUCUCGGUCUCGGUCUUCCCUCGGCCCGGGAAGCCUGCUUGAGAGGAAUCAGCAACAAUUCCAGUCGGUUUCUGCUCGCCUGAGACCUCGUGGAGGCGGCACUUGCCCCUUCUCUCCUCUCGGCCUCAUACUGUAGAAAGUGUACAGCAUACUGACUCUGCCGAGGUCUGAUUUGUGCAAAUUUUUAUUGUACUUUUUAAACAGCCUUCGUACGUGCAAUUCCGAGUUAGAGGUAAAAGCCCCGUUGUAAAAUAAAGGCUCAAGCAAAAUUGUACAGUGAUAGCAACUUUCCACACGGGACGUUGAAAACAAUAAUGUGGCUACACAGUUCUCUUUUUUCUUUCUUUCUUUUCUUUUCUUUCUUUUUUUUUUUUCCUAACCAAGAGCAUCGAGUGGCUCUUUAAUAUAUGACUAAACAAUAAUUUAAAACAAAUCAUAGUAGCAGCAUAUUAAGGUUUUCUAGUAUAUGCUAAUAUCACCAGCAACGACCUUUGGCUUUCUGAUUUAUUUGCUAGAUGUUUCCCCCUUGGAGUUCUGUCAGUUUCACACUGUUUGCGGGCCCGGGUGUGCUGUUUGUGGCCUUGGUCAAAAGAGCAGACCAUCGGUUGGGAGUCGAAUUGGCUUCUGUAAAAAACAAGGGAAAAACGAAAAAUAAAAGGUACAGCUCACUUUUCAGCACGGUGUAUGGACGAGGGUAGGCAGUGUGCGGGCUGGGUUUCGAUGCGGCGUAUUUAUUGCUUGACAUGUAAAUUAAAGACCUUGUAUUUAACACUUUUCAAUCCUUUUAGAUAAAAUUGUUCUUUGCAAGAAUGAUUGGUGCUUAUUUUUUCAAAACUUUGCUGUGAACAAUGUGAUGACAACGAGCAACAUUUGUCUAAUGAACUACAGCUCUCUUAAUUUGGGUCUUCGAGAUUUCUGUUGCACUUGUAAAAUGCUACAAGGAAUAUUAAAAACUCUAUUCACUUUAACUUAUAAUAGUUUAUGAAAUAAAAACAUGAGUCACAGCUUUUGUUCUGUGGUAAAACCUAUAAAAA